AUGCUAAGGAUUCUGCCGAGUGUUAAUUGUCGGACAACGUAUAUUGUUAAUUGUCUUUCGUACUCUUCGGAUGCUGCGCAUAAAAAUAGCGGUGAUGAACAGAUUGAGCGACAAGCAGUAGAUUACAGGCCUGGAAGUGAUUCUUACGCAUACGAAAAUCCUUGGCCAAAAUUGAAUCGAGGUCGAUUAGAUUGGCUGUUUGGUGAUGGUUGGAGAAGGCCAUUAGCCAAAGAUCAAGGAGCAAAAAUGCGCCGUGAAUGGAUUUGGUUCAAUCGUGUCGCCCAUGAUGAAUAUGAAGAUUGGAAACGUUAUCAUUCAUUUAUGUUUAUACUGGGAACUGUAAUGCUUGUUUGGGCCACUUCAUGGGUAGUUUUUGCUAAACCUGAUUGGCCUCACGCUGGUGAAUGGGCUUAUCGAGAGGCACAUUUGGAAAUAUUAAGACGUGAAAAAGCAGAUUUGCCAUACAUAAGCAAGGAUUUAAUACCUCCUUCACGAAUUAUACUCCCUUCAGAGGAAGAAUUAGGAAAUUUCGAAAUUAUUAUUUAA